AUGUCAGAGUCUUCUUCGUCCAGUUCAAAUACCACUAAAAGUGGUGAUCCUAGUGUUGUUUCAAAAUCAACAAGUUCGGCAACAGUUUCAACAUUAACAACAUCGUCGAAGAGUUUAAAUCCAAAUACAUUCCUAUCGAAUUCCGCACUUGAUUCGGAGAAAGAGCAAAUGAUUAUGUCGGAUGUUUACAUUGACCUCGGAAAUUAUGUGAGUCUCCACAUCAACGGCGGCUAUCUGGUAGCAAAAAGUGGCAAUGAUGCCGUCAGUUUAGAAAAUCCACUGAAUCUAAAACCGGAUUACACGAGUGGUGCAGCAGAGUUGAUUAACGACGAAGACGAUGAAGAAGAAGCAGCAAGUCAGCAUGAACCACAAGUCGAAGGAGAUAGUAAAGCAAAGGAAACGUUCUGUGUUGUUUCAUCGAUAACCGUAAAUGCCUACUAUGUUCCCGAACAUACUGCUAACGUUCGCUCCCUGCUCGCUGCCUUAUCCAAAUUCAAACUAUACUACGUCAAAGAAACCAGUCUUCAAAUGGUCUGUUUCAAUCCACAGUCCGGUUUCUAUACGACUUACAUAAAAGUAAAACGUCCGUUGAUCAAAGAUUUAAAAUUGAACUAUGGCGAAUCAUUCGUCAAAACUCACAAACGAUUGUUGGGAAAAUUGACAAAGACCAAUUCAACGGGUAUCACAUUUUUACACGGACCACCGGGUACGGGAAAAACAUUUUACAUUCGAUAUUUGAUCAACGAAAUCAAAGACAAGAGUCUCAUCUACGUACCCCCGGAUCUAGUCAAUGAAAUGACAAAGCCAGGUUUCAUGCCGUUUUUAAUGCAACAUCCGAAUUCAAUAUUGAUCAUUGAAGAUGCUGAAAAUAUUAUUUUGGACCGGAAGGAUCAGGCAUCGUCUACGAACCAGGCCGUUUCGAAUUUACUUAAUUUGAGUGACGGUCUGUUGGGCGAUGCAAUGCACCAGCAAAUAAUAACAACGUUCAACUGCGAUAUCAAAGGCAUUGAUCCGGCACUGUUGAGAGAUGGAAGACUCGUCUUGGAAUACCAAUUUGAUAAGUUAUCGGUCGAGCAGGCAAAACUGUUGGCAAAAGAAUUGGGUUUUGCCGACUUGGAUAAGAUAACAACACCGAUGCCACUGGCAGAAAUCUAUGAAUUUGUAAGAAAGAACAAAGAGUAG